UUUUUUUAAUCGUGUAUAUAAUUAUAUGUGAAUUCAGUUUUAUAUCAACAAUGACAAAGAACUUGAAUAUUUCUAAAGUUGCUGUUUGUUUGCAACAAAGCUGAGUUACUAGUAGUGAAAGUUGAAAGUACUACGUUAGCGUAUUUGAUUAUUAUUAUCAACAUACGUAGAAAAAUUAUUAAUUUCCGAUACAUUAAAUUAUGCGAUACAAAAAUUUGUAAAAUAGAAAAGAAAACUUUGUAUCACACUGUAAACUGAUUUAAUGUCAACGCAAGAAGAAACAAAAAAAUGGCCUUGUUUUGAAUGAGAUGGUACCAAGGAAAAUGUACGUUGUGAUUUGAAGAAUAACGCAAAUUUAAGGAAUAUUAGGUCACAAAUGUAAAAAUGUGAAUAAAAGAAUGGUAACCAAUAAAAACAUUUCGGAAGAUGAUGAACUCCCGAAAAUGAUGUGUAAAAAGUGUAUCUUUUUGGCGGAUUCGUUUUAUUGCUUUAAACAACAGUGCGAAUCGGCAAAUGAAAAGUUGAAGAAAUUCUACAAGAUGAUGACUGAAGGUAAUUUGGGUGCUCAUUAUGGGAUGGAUGAAUAUAUAAAUCAUAAUAUUUAUGGCGAUACGUUCGAAAUCGACGGUACGCGUUGUAAAACUUAUAAAGAGAACGCUAAUGUGGAUUACGCUUACGAAAGUGACGAUGAUUAUUUCGUCGAGUACAUCUCGGAGGAAGAUAGAAUUCAAGUAGAAAAUGCUUUAAAAAAGAAGCGCGACGCGCGACGUAAAGUUCACAUGGAGAGUCUAUCAGAGAUUAUUAAAAACUUAGAAGAUAUAGAAGUUGUACCUGUAAGCUCGUGUGAGGCAACUUCGAAUUCAAGGAAUAAGAAUGAAGACAAACAAGACAUCGUAGUAUUUCCGCUAAAGAAACUAAAGAGCACUACCAAUAGUAAUAAUGAUAAUGGCCCUAUAAGAAAUGAAACGACGAUGAAUUCGAUGAAAAGAAAGAUUCCUGCAAGCUACGCUUCAGAAAAAACGUAUUGCCACGAAGAAAAGAAAAAAAAAGUUACUUCAAAGAAAGAUGAUAUUAAAUGUUCAAAUGUCAGCAGUAAUAUUGUAAUGAAUCAAAGACAUGUUGGGGAAAUACAUAAUCAAGUAACUGUGGGAACCAACGUUUCUCAAACAAAUGGUGCUACUCAGUACACAGUCUUGCCAGUUCAAAUAGUUCAAGAAAAAUGUAUUGAUUUAAGAGCUAAAGAAAGGGAACAUGAUUUUCAGUUGUCCGUUCUUGAAGGUAAUGGAAAAAUAAACAUUACAAAAGAGCAACCUUCAAUUGAUAGUGAAAUUAUUCUGCAUGGAACGCUAGAUCAAAUCAAGAAGAACUGUAAUGACAAUGCUGAAAAAGAAAAAUUUAAUUUUAUUCUAGGGGCACAAGAAGAUCAUGUACAAGCUAUACCUGGAGAAUUUAAAGAAUCCAAAAGUCUUGCAACCACUGUCAUUGCUGUCGAUAAGAAGAAGGAAACUAGUGACAUGUAUUCUAAAAUUGACAAUACAGUUAAAAUUAUUUAUGUGUCCGACGAGGAAAGUCCAGAAGAUGAUAUAACAAAAAAAAGAGAGUUGUGGUGUUCAACGGAUGUGACACACAAAGAAGAAACAAAUGCUUCUGAAGACAAACAAGGCUUCAAGACAUGUGUAGAGGCUAAAGAUUAUCAAAAGAUGUGUCUUAUUGAAAAAGUCAGAAAGAAAGAAGAAUUCCUAGUAAUUGCUGAUAUGGAAAGUCGAGGCAGCAAGCUUAAAAUACUUGAUGGCAAUUUAAAACUGUACCAGUGCACAAUCUGCAAAUCAAAUUUUACAUCGAUGCCUAAUGUCCUGAAACAUAAUAUACAAGAGCACAUGACUAGUCAAAAUGAUUAUUCCUGCUUAAUCUGCAAGAAAGUCUUCAAAGAUAAAUCGUUACUGAUCAUUCAUGUAGAACAACACAGCAACUUGAUAUCCUACCGACGCACCUUUUAUCCAAAGUCAUUCACAUUAAAGAAGGAUUUAAAGAAACAUGUUAACCAUCACUUCAACGAGAAAUCAGUUCAUUCAAGCAAUCUUCCAUUCCCUUGUCCAAACGGUGACAUUGCUUUCAGUAGCAAAAACAAGCAAGACACACAUCUGGCAACAAUGCAUGAUCGACAUGCCAUAAUGACCUGCGAAUACUGUAAGAUACAAUUUCUAAAAAAGGACAUUGCCAAAGUUGAUGAAAAAGUUGAUGAUGUUCGGGAAUCCUGUGACAAGAAAUUGGAUCAACACUCUUUUUCAAAAACUCAGCUGAAUGAUCAAACUUUGCUCUGUCUUACUUGUAGUAAAGCUCUUAAUCAAAAGAAAAUUCGCCAUGAUCACAAUUCGACCCAUGCCAGUUCAAAAUUGUACAACUGUAAAGAAUGCUCGGCCAGUUUCACAAAUUUUCAUGCGCUUAAACGACAUGUAGCAUCGCACAAGAAGAAAUUUUUAAUGUUUCCUUGCAACACGUGUAACAAGAAAUUCGUUACUUUUUAUGAAUUAAGAAAACACUUGAGAGUUCAUCCUAGAAAGUUCUCUCAAGUCAAAGAUAUAUCCAAAGAAGACAGUUUGUCAGAGACUACAAAGGAAAUAGCGGGUGCAAAUGGAAAACAUGAGAAAAAGACAGAGAAACGGCAGGAUGUUACCUGUAACCAAGUUCAAUUCGAUGUGGCUGGAAAUGACAAUCAGGGUAAGUCUGAAACGUAUGACCAAAAUGAUGUUUCCAGUGAGAAGACACAACCUCCUGUGGCAUCUGAAAUAGUUUUGGAAUAGCAGCACCAAACCAAUUACCAGAAGAGUUCAAUCAAAAUUUGAUAAUUUAAAAUGAGUAUUCUAUUUGGCAGCUUUAAUAUGUAUUGUUAUAUUGUUUUUUUUUGUAUUACCUAUAUUAUUUAACUGUCAGUGAUUCUUAUGAAACGACGUACGUUCGAUAAUUCGCUAUAAAUAUUUAUUUUUCUACGUACUUUACUAUAGCUAUAUUUUCUUCUAUAAAUUCUCAAAAAUGCA